GUACUUAACUCCCAAGGUACAACCGAAAUUAAGAAAACAAAAAAUGUUGCUCGUCUAUCAGCUCUAUAUAUAGCCACUUUCUUCACGUAUUGUUCUUCAUCACAUCAUAAACUCCAAGAAAGCAAAACCCUCCUUAGUGUUCUCAAGCUAUUUCAAGAUGACGAUCACAGAGAUGAGAGUUCAUAUGGAUUGUGCUGGCUGUGAAGCCAAAAUUAAGAAGGCUCUUCAAAAACUAAAUGGAGUAGAUGACAUAGACAUAGACAUGGCCUUGCAAAAAGUGACAGUGAUGGGUUGGGCAGACCAGAAGAAGGUUCUUAAAGCAGUGAGGAAAACAGGAAGAAGAGCUGAGCUAUGGCCAUACCCUUAUAAUCCUGAAUAUUAUAAUUUCAACCAGCAGUACUAUUAUCAGCAGCAACAAGAAACCCAACCUGCUGAAGUAAUCACCUAUUAUGCACCUCAGUACUCCACCUCCUCAUACAACUAUCGCAGGCAUGGCUACAGUAAUGAGGACUAUGGCUAUUAUCAAACGCCACCUUAUUCAAUUGUUGACGAAAAGGCUAGUGCCAUGUUCAGUGAUGAAAAUCCUCAUGCUUGCUCCAUAAUGUAAUAUGGUUGGUGAAGUUGUUUCAGUGGAAUUGGAACCAGUCCAAAGGGAUAUGUGAAUCCAUUGUAUAUAGCUAAGAUAUCAAACGCAAGUGUUUUUGUGGAUCUACAGGAUAUGUAUGUACUCUAUAUAGUCUAAAUUGUGAAAUUCUUGACCUUAAGAAAUUUCUUUACAAGAUUCAGCUCCAGCCAUUCAAAGGUAUCGAUGUAACUUAUGAGAAUUCAUUGUGUUUUAAAAAUUGAAAAACUUAUCGUA